AUGCACCGCACUCGACCUAGUGAACGGGGCAAAAGAGACGAGGUCAUAGCGAGACAAGACCGAACUCGCCCUCAUCACGGGAGUAUCACCGAACUGGCCCAGAAGAGUGAGAAUGUCCUUUUCUUUCUCCAUCGCGUCUUCCAGGACGGUGAGGUAUUUGCCCAAAUCAGUCUCCCUUUCGACAAUCUCAACCCGAACGUCGCCCGCAGCCGUGGAGUUGUGCGCCCUCAGCGACGCAUGCACGCCAGCGCAAAAAGCGAUGGACAUAGAGGUGAGUUGUUCAAGAUCAUUUCGCUUCAUCAGCAGCACCUUCACUGGGGUGCCAGGAGCUAUUGCCCCGACGGCUGCGUUGUGCGGGGGCAACGGAAGCAGCAGAAGGACGAGAAGGAGGAGGCACGGCGACGCCGCAGAGGGCCGCAAGCCAAAGUGCGCACUGCAACCACGCCGCCUCCAGCACACCGCCAUACUCACCGCUGCCUUGCGAUUGUCUUGCUGUGUAGCCUGUAG